UAAAAUGAUGAUUGAUGUGCGUUUGUGUGUGUAUCAAUUACACGCAUAAAUUUUCCAAAAUUCAACUGGAAACCAAUGAAUAUGGAUAGAAAUUCAUACCCUUAUUUGAAUUAUUUAUUUUCUAAUAAUAAAUCUACCGGUAGCGGUAGUACACCAUAUCAUUCAUUUGUAAGUUAUUAUUGUCCAACAUCAAUGCCAAAUCCAUUAAAUAACAAUAGUGGUGGUGGUGGUGCUGGUGGUGGGGCAGGAAACGGAAACCAUAAUCUAUUACAUCAUCAACAAAAUAAUAGUACAAAUUGUCCAUCAAAUACCUCAUCACCAUCAUCGAUGAAUCGACGAUCAACAUCAAAAAAUCCACAUGGAUCAAAUUAUCAUAGGCCAUCAUUAUCAUAUAGAAGACCAAUUUACAGUAUAGCCAAUCCAAAUUAUUCUCCAUAUCGUUCUGGUCUACAGCCACCACCACCAUUACAGUCAUCAAAUUCUCAUCUAAAACUAUAUCCAGCACAUAAUUAUCCAAGAUAUUAUUCAACAUCCUAUCCAUAUUGUUUGUCAUCGUUAUCGUCAUCAUCAUUACCAUUGCAAUCAUCAUUUCAUGCAUUCAAUUCAAGUGUCAAAUUACAGCAGCUCGGUAAUCGAUUACAAUCAUGGAAAACGGCAUCAAUUGGAAUAUCUUUUCUGGUAUUAUUGUUGCUCAUCUGUAAACUACAUGAUGUUGAUCGUGAAAUCAAUUAUCUACAUUAUAUAUCCAAUGAAUGGCUAUCACAGCAAGCAGUCAAUCAUCAGUUAUUAUCAUCAUCAUCAUCUGCUGCUGUUAUUGAUGCAGAACCAUCAAAACGAAGAAUGGAUAGCCGUCCAUUAGAUGGUCAUCACGAUAAUGAUGAUGGUUACAAUAAUAAUCUAUAUUCAUUGAUAUUGAACACAACAAAAACUGCCAAAAAUACCACUAUCAUUACCACCAAUACUAAAGACAAUUAUUCAAAUGAAAUUUUUGAUGAAGAAAAAAGUUUAGAUCAAGAAAAAGAUCUAUUCAAUGAUUUAUCAUCGUUCACCAAUUAUCGAUUACGGCCAAUUUCAUCACCAAUUAUUGCCAAAAGAAAAUCACAACCAUUAGAGAAUAAUCAAAAAUUAGCUAGUCGUCAUCAUCAACCAACAAACAAACCGAAAUCAUCAACAUCUAUUGUUGAUGAUGGAUCUUCUACAAAUUUACAUCAUAAUCAACAGUUAAAAACUCAACCAAUUACCAAUCAUAAACAAAAUCGAUUAUCACCAGUUAAAAAUAUAAUAAUUCAUCAUGAUGAUCAUAAAAAUAAUGUUGAUGAACCUCAGGAAUUUGCCGCAAGUAAUCAUGAUGUAAUCGAAUUGGCAAAUAUAAUUUCAAUCAUCACUUAUCUAAAAGAAGAUGUUGAUGUUUUGAUGAGUGAAUUGAUGGCAUCACGGACAACAUUAUUAUUGAGCCUAGUGUUUGUUUUGGUCUACAUAUUAAGUUGGUGUUGGAUGGCCUAUGCUAUUCGAGCAACAAACACACCGCAAGAUAUAUCAUUGAAAACGGUACUUUUGUUGGCCAUAUUUGCUGCUGUUGAUAUUGCUGCCAGUGCUGGUUUUGUUAUGGUUCGAAUCAUAAUGUAUUUGAUGCGUGAUCAUUAUUUUCCUCGUGACAUGCGGAUACCUAUACAUUCAUUGGAAUAUAAUCAAUUACCGGCUCAUGUUGCACUUCGUUUAGCCAGUAUGAAGUCGAGUACGGGUGUUAUCGAUAUAUUUGUUUCUGUGAUUGUAACAUUUUUAACCUCGUUACGUGUAUAUUCGGUCAUUUGUGCCGUAUCAUUUUAUCGAAGAGCACGUAAAGAAUUAUUAAGUGUAAAAAAUUUCGAAUACAUGAUCGAAAGGCCAUCAACAUCUCGUUUUCCAUCGAUGAUCGGUAAUUCAUCGGCACAUUAUCAUAGAGGUUCGAUGAUGGCAGCUGCGCCUGUUUCGAAUUCAAAAUCAAGUCCAACCAAUAGUAAUGGCAUUAAUGGGAAACUUGAUUCAGGUGAUCUAGGACAAAGUGGUUACCUACCUAAAAUAAGGCUAUUAAGUGCACAUAAAGAUCUUGAAAGAAGAUUUUCCAUUAAUAAUGGUCGUAAUGUCAAUCAUCAUGAUGUUAAUGUAAUAAAUUCAUCUAGCGACAAUAAUUCUACAGAUGUUUCAUCUGCUGAUGAUGAUCCAUCAUUAGAAUUGAAAAUACAAGCAGCCGAUAUGCCUACAUCAAUACAAAAAUCAGCAAUGCAAUCAACAAUACAUGCAUUACGUACAUAUACAACCGAAAAACAUAUAGCCGAAAGUAUUAAACAAAAUUUUGAUCAACUUUAUGAGCCCACAUGGCAUUGUAUUGUGGGGCGAAAUUGGGGUUCCUGUGUAACUCAUACCAAGUCAAAUUAUAUCCGAAUGUUGUACAAAGAUUUAACCAUUCUUCUAUAUAAAUCAUCUUGAUUAUAAGUCAAAUAAGAAUGGCGCGUGAAAUCGAUGGGCUUUUAUUCAAACCUUUUUUUAUUUGUUAUAUUUUUUCAUUUAUUUAUUACUUUUUUUCAUUCUACUGUGCCGAAUUUUUUUU